CGGCGAUCCUCACAAAACGAAUAGAAGGCGAGAGAGGGAGAGAGCGAGUCACGAGUGAAUAAUGUUUACCACUCACACUGAGGAAUUUAUUAGAGGUCGAAACUUUAGUCAGAUAUUGCGGUAUUAAUUUAAUUCAAAAGCCCUAUUCAAACCGCUCGAAGUCAAUACACUUGAGGAUAUACCAGCGACUGGAUCGACUGAAUGAAACAUGAGGAAUAAAAAGCGCGUAGAUUGUGGCUAUCUAAACCUGACGAGUUUUUGAAACGCCGAGCCAGGUACUUCGGCGCAGACUUCCAACCGUCGUUUUUUUGCGGGUGUACCUGUGCUUACGUGGCACUUUAUUUUUUUUACCUGGAGACGAGCAAAAUCAUCGGUUUUGGGGUGUUUUGUGCACUUUUAUCGUGGCGAUGCGUUGUAUUCUCAGAGGUUUAGUAAGUUGCGUGGCUGGCACUAGUUUACUUGCGCCGGGCAGCCAAUCAGCGCGCUAAGUGCGCGACCACGGAAUAACACUCGUUAUUUUUUGCCUUCAUAUUGAUUUAUUUCCACAAUAACGUUCAUAGAUAACACCGUACAGCUCCCUUUACAAGUUGACAGCCGAUUUCAAACCGUGAUUUCGUUGGAAGGAGAAGUGUCAAGGCUUGCCUGCGUGUUUUUGGGCUGCUAAAAUGGAUGCGGGAAUGGAGAAGGAGUGCAGCGCUUUGGGAGGGCUCUUCCAAACCAUCAUGAACGACAUGAAGGCAAGUUAUCCUGCUUGGGAGGACUUUGUCACCAAAGGGGCCAAGCUACAAUCUCAGUUGAGGACGACGAUCAUUGUCACCAGCUCAUUCCUGGACGCUUUCCAGAAAGUGGCUGACAUUGCAACUGGAACACGGGGAGCGACAAAGGAAAUUGGAUCUGCUUUGACCAGGAUGUGUAUGAGACACAGAAGCAUCGAGAACAAGCUCAAAUUGUUCACCACAGCCCUGAUGGAUAGCUUAAUAACUCCUUUGGAACUGAAGAUUGAGGAGUGGAAGAAGGUUGCCAGUCAGUUGGAUAAAGAUCAUGCCAAAGAAUAUAAAAAAGCACGCUCGGAGAUCAAGAAGAAAUCAUCCGACACAAUUAAACUACAGAAGAAGGUUAGAAAAGGUAAAGACGAGGUGAGGAUGCAGUUGGACUCGGCUCUCCAAGAUGUCAACACGCGCUAUGCUGUGCUGGAGGAGGUGGAGAAGAGAGCCGUGUGUCGAGCGCUUGUCGAGGAAAGAGGACGAUUCUGCUCCUUUGUCACAAUGCUCAAACCCGUCCUGGAUGAGGAGAUAGGCAUGCUGGGUGAGGUGACUCACUUACAGACGAUUCUGGAAGAUCUUGGCAACCUGACGGCCAAUCCCAACACACUGCCACCUGCUAGUGAACAGGUUAUUCAUGAUCUUAAAAGCUCUGACUACAGCUACACGUAUCAGACUCCACCUGGGUCUCCUACCAGCACAUUAUCACGCAAGAGCAGCAUCAGCAGUAACUACGCCUCUGUACGUCAUGUGCCGUCUCUGGACUCGAUCUCAAGCGCGGUAGAUGGACUUCACCUGCGACCAACAGAUAUAACUCAGCGCUCACGCAGUCCUCUCCUCCUGGUGGGAGGAGGGGAAAGCGUUCGCUCCCUCAGCGAGGGCAAUUCUCCCACAAUCACCCGCACCGCCCGUCGCGGCCCACACCUACGCCACAGGAGCACUGAUCAAAGUGGUGUUAACAGCCAGUGGCAAGGUCAAAACGCCCCAGGUACAGAGAAUGGGACUUUAAUGCCCCCACCACACAAAGUGUACAGCGGGCAUGAGGAGAGAUCCAGAACACUGUCUACUUCAGGCAAGCCACAGACAGCCAGAGAGCAGCUGGCUCUUGCACUGGGAGGCGGGCUGAACUCAGACGCUCCUCGGACCAGUCGAGAUUCACUUCAUUGCUCCAGUGGAUACAGCACACAGACGACUACACCAUCCUGCUCCGAGGACACCAUACCCUCACAGCAUGCGAUAAAGAAAGAACCACCUCUAUAUGAUUAUGACUAUAUCUCUCUGCAUGGUGGAGAGGACGCCCACAGUCAAUCUGAUUUCGAUAAAUCUUCAACGAUUCCUCGCAACAGUGACCUGAGUCUCAAUUACCGCAAAAUGUUUCAAACCAAGAGGCCGGCGUCCACCGUCAGUCUGCUGAUGGAUCCCGAGCCUCUAGGGCCACACACGGCCACUAUUCGGCGUAAACCCUCCAGCAAGCCCAACAUUCGCCGUGGAACCAUCAGCGGAGGAGUUCCCAUACCAAUCUCAACACCGCAGGUCCCACUAAAGGCGUCUGUUUCUACAGUCGGUCUGAGCGGCAGUGAUGAGACCGUGUGCCCGUCAGGAGUGAUGCAGAGUAACCGCCUACCCGUAUCCGAUCUGGCUCACACCAAACAAAAUCUCUGUGUGUCCACCCAAAGUCUAAGUGCCAUGCCACCUCCGUACUAUUCAAUGUUCCCUGGGCAGCCACCAGUGGGCGGCACAGAGCAGCUGUAUCAAAUGAGCAAACAGCAGCAGUAUGCGGUGCAUCAACACCAGCAAAGGCAAUAUCAACAACAACUUCAGCAGCAGCAGCAAAAUAAUCAACAACAACAAUAUAACCAACAACAGCAGCAAAAUAAUCAACAACAGCAAAAUAUUCAACAACAGCAAUACAAACAACAGUUCAAUCAGCAGCAACAAUACAAUCAUCAGCCGCAAUAUAAUCAACAACAGCAAUACAGUCAACAACCGCAACAACAACCGCAACAACAACAUCAACAACCGCAACAACAACAUCAACAACCGCAACAACAAUACCAACAACCGCAACAACAAUACCAACAACCGCAACAACAUCAACCACCGCAACAACUUCAACAACAAUAUCAACAACUGCAACAACACAAUCAACAGCCUCAACAACACAAUCAACCACCGCAAUAUCAGCAAACAGAACGUCAAAAAGAGCUCCAACAGAAAUUUAAAGAACUAAAGCAUCAAACACUUCCUUGUCAACCGCAACAAAAUCAGCAACAUCUACAGGAAGUGCCGACUGAAAGUGGGCGGCCCCACUCGGCCCAGCCUGGCGUGGGCCGUUCCAACAGUGUUCCCGAUCCCGGCAGCGGAGGCGACAUGUUGUCCCUGAUCCGAAGAGGGGUCAAACUUCGUCGGACGCUUACCAACGAUCGUUCGGCACCUUUCAUCACCCCCAACCAUCUCAAUUAAACUUUUUUUAAGAACUUUUCUCUUUCUUUAAUUUCAUCAGUGGCUUUUUACCGUCGUUUGGCUUCGCAUCUUUUCGUUUAACUACUUGUGUAUAUUUUUUUAGUGCAGGCAGAACUAUUCACAUAUGUACGAUUCCUGCAACAAAAGACAUUCUGCGAAAUCAGUUUUGAUUGAACUGCACUGUGCUUGACGAACAAACUUUCUCGAACUCGGAGCAAGUUAUAGAUGCAGUCCGUACGAAUGUUGCCUCAGUAAAUUAAAGUUAAUUCUUCACUCAUAGAUAGAUAUACAAAUAUAUACGUACUUGGAUAUACAGAUUAAUGGUUGGAGCUUAAGAUUAUAUUAAAUUUAUUUCUUUGUUGUAUUUGUGGAAGAAAAAGCACUCGGCCUUUAUGACUUCUGGUUAGAGAUCAAAAACUUCUUUGUAUAUAUUAGCGAAACCCUUGAAAGGCUGUUGUAUUAUUCUUGUUUUUGGUUUGUUUAGAUAAAGCAGCUCUAGAUGUCUAUUUUUGUACAGUUUAGGGUAACGGAAAAUUGCACCACUGCCUUUAAUCCGCCCAAUUACCGUACAUGCGAUGGGGUUGCAAAUAAUGCAGCCAAGCGAGGAUGUAAAAUAUGUAAUUGGGUGGAUGAAUGAAGGACUGGAAUAGUGGCUCAUAUUUGUGUUGCUUAUAACUGUGAGAGCUUACGAGGCAUCACUGUGGUUAUUUAUUCAACCAGAAUUAUUUGUUUACCAAAGCAUUGAUGCUGUAGUCCUAUAGAUGCGUAUGUGAGGUAUUUGGUAUAAAGACUCGAUUCAUAAAACCUCAGUUUUUGACUUUUUGUUGCAUUGACAGGGAAGCCUCGGAUUAAAAAUUUAAACUCUUUUCUGUUUUAUAAGUAUUUACUUUUCUUUUUACCUGAAAUUUUAUUCUUGUUGGUUUUGUAGAGUUUUAAAAUUUUCUUGCAAGUUGUCACGUUUUCUCAAAUUGAAGUAUGCAAACGUACAGGAAAUACAGAUCGAUAGAUUUAAAGGUUAAUUAGUAAAGGAAGUUAUUUUAUACGUACUGUAUAUGAACCUACUUCAAGUCCAAGGUCACGUCAAGCAACUUAAUAAUAAUAAAUCUUAUGAAUAAUCAUUUGAACCUUGAUCAACAAACCUGCUGAAUAAACCUGAAAUGUACCACAAA